AAUAACAGGCACAGCAGGAACAUCUAUUUUUUUUACUUUAUAGUAGAGUUUUAAACGAAUAUGUACUCAAUGUUUCUGCAUACUUCAAAUAUUUGUAAACAUUUAACUACUGCAGUUUUGUGUGAGAAAUUUAAAGUCAACGUUUUAGAUUUAGCUGAAUCUCAACAUUUGGUAGUAUUUUCUUAAAACAUGACCUCGGCUCAGCAGCUGCUCCGAUCUCAAAGGGACCAGCUGCUAAACUGGACUUGCGAUCAUCCCACACCCCUCUUACGUUGGCUCCGUGAUGAUGAGGUGCUUUCUCCCAGCUACUACCUGUCUUUACUGGAAAAGUCCCCUUCCAAUGCUGUGGCUCAGGCUCUGGAGUUAGCAUGUGCAUCGGAGGAGAGCAGUCUAAGGUUCCUGCAGGUUCUGAGGGAAGUGCAGGAUUAUUACUGCAAGGAUCUGCACAUUUGGGUUGAUAGACACUGCAGAUCUAAUGCAAACAGACAACCACCAUCUGAAAUGGUAAUAGUUGAAGAUAAACACAAAAAGCCUAAAGGACCCAUGGCUAAAUUAUUCAAAAAGAAGAACAAAGGAUUCUCUGUAGCAGAAGAGGUUAAAGGUAAGAAAAAUAUGAAGCCAACAAGGAGUCAAAUGAUGGCCAACCUCAAAGUUCGAAUUUCUGCCCACAAAACAACCUUACUGAAGCGCAUGGAGGAGCUCAAGUGUUACUCUGAGGGCAGCAGAGAAGCUUCAAACACAGCUUCUCACAUUGAGAUUCGCUAUACUGACCUCUUCGUGACAGAGGACAAUGACUUCAUUGACAGCAGCCAACAUGAGUAUUUUGACCUGGCAAGCAGACGAGCCCGUAUCUAUGUCCACCAGUCGUGCCAGCGCAUCAGCCCAAGCCAACUUUUGAGUCCUCAAGAGACAACAGGACAGCCACCUAAAAGGGUGAAAGUGAAGGGUAUUGCUGGCAUUGGAAAAAGCGUAGCAGUCCAAAGGCUCGUCUAUGAAUGGGGGAUUGGAAAGAGCAUGCGUGAAUUCACCUGCAUUUUUAAUCUAUGUUUCAGAGAGCUUAAUCUAAUCGAAGCCCCACUCAGUUUGUUGGAGCUUCUUGGAGAACGGUUCCGGUACCUCAAAGAUGCUCUUCCUGAUCUGUUCACUGCACCAAGAUCUUUGCUCUUCAUCCUAGAUGGUUUAGAUGAGUUUAAAUUCUUCUUAAACUGGAACAGUCGAGACAAAAACAUUGGUGUAGAAUCAAAGAUGCCAGUGUCUGAGUUGAUAGUUGCUUUGAUUAAAGGAAAUCUACUCCCAGAGGUAUCUGUCAUUCUCACAACAAGGCCAUCUACAGAAGCUCCAAAGCGUUUCUUUCAGAGAUGCUGUGUGGUGCUGGGCUUUGAGGAAAACCAGGUUAAAGAAUAUACCACCAAGUUCUACAAAGACAGGCAAGUCGCAGAAAAGGUCUAUGACUACAUCUCAAACAAUGACAACAUUUUUGUGUUGUCCUUCAUCCCCCUUUAUUGCCACAUCAUCUGUAUGGCUAUGGCAGAGUUCUUCUCCUCAGCAACUCAGGAUGUUGGUGACUUUAAAUCUCUGGAGUUGAACCCACCCAGAACAGUGAGCGAAGUUUACUUCUGCUAUCUGUUUACAGCAGUCAAACACCAUGCACUGAGGGGGAGUGCAGAAAAAUCAACUUCAAGAUCUGAAGUUCUCUCCCAAGCUAAGAAACAGCUGACAAACCUGGGAAAAUUAGCCUACGAAAACCUCCUGCAAAAGAAGAUCAUGUUCAGCAGAGAAGAUCUGGAGAGCUAUGGAGUAACACCGGCUAAAAUUCAAGGCACCUUUCUAUGUCAGAUCCUUCACCCUCUUAAAGAGGAGACAGUAAGGAUGUUUUCUUUCUUCCACUUGACUGUUCAAGAACAUUUGGGUGCCCUCUACUGUGCCAUCAACCUCUUCAGCCAGGAGGACAUAACUCAAGCUUUGAACCUCUGGUGCUUUGGGUUAGAUCCACCAACCACCUCUUCUACACUGCUAAAAAACAUAGAGCUCAACAUGGACAUGCUGGAAAGUCUCCAGAUGUUCACACGGUUCUUUAUGGGACUUCUCCGAGCAAGGUUAGAAAAGCAGUUAGAUGGCCUUGUUGAAACCUCCAUGGAGGAAGAAAAUGGAGUCCUCACCAGUCUGGGCUUGUGGUUUCAAGACCAAUUUAAACACAGGAAGAUGGAAAACGAAACUGCAUUGAAUCUUUUGCACUGUCUGAUGGAGUUUCAUAUGAAGGAGACCACUACCAUUGCAGCACCAAAGAUUAAGAAACUCAACUUGUUUAAAAUGAAGUUGAGUAUUGUGGACUGUGCAGCAAUGCACUAUGUGCUGAAGUUUUCUCCACACACACUUCAGGAACUCAACCUGGGCUACUCCAACAUUGGAAACAGAGGACUCAACCGACUAAGACCGAUCCUUCAUCGCUGCGAAACUCUCUAUUUGAGAUACAACAGUCUGGAUUGGGAAGCAGCUAUUUUAGAAUCGGCUGUUCUGAAAUCAAAUGAAUGCCAAGUGAAGAAACUCUUUAUGUGCGGAAAUAACCUGGGUCCAGAGGGGGUUAAUGAGCUGUGGACAGCUCUGGAGCACAACACCACUGUUGAAGAGAUCUAUUUGGACAUCACUGGUAUCACAGAGAAGGGGACGCAAAACAUUGUUAACUGCCUUGGCAAAAACACAUCCCUGAGGAUACUGACAAUUGUUGGAAAUGAUAUUGGAAAGGUAGGCAGAGAAAGGGUGAGGGAACUGGAGAAACUGAGACCAGAUCUUAGGAUUAUUUCAAACUUUGUGGAUGACCUGGGGUUGCUCCAGGCCUACUUGGACUGGGUGGAGGAGAUCCGUGUCGACAGGGACCAGAUGGACUCAGUGAAGAACGUGGAUGCCCUGCAGUCAGUGUUAAAGGGCCUGCAGGAGGUUGGGGAAAAUGUGGAGAAAGGACAAAAUGCAGAUAAAGCCAUGGAGCUCCACAUAAAGAUCGAGGAGUUGCUCAAGUAACAUUAGUGACAUCUGAUUGGAGGGAAAUGACCAGAAGAAGCAAAAUCAAUAAUGGGCAAGUUUAGGUGUUAUUGGAAAUGUGACAAUAAUUUGACAAUUUUCUUCUUCAAUGACACAUUUUACUACUUUUUGACAAAGGUCAUCAACUUUUAUCAUUGUAGAUAUCAAAAAUAGAAAGAAAUUACAUUAACAUUGUUUUCAGUAAUGAAUGAAAAAAAAAAGAAAAGAAAAAGCUUUUAGCUCAUCGAUGCACUUACAGAUGUAGGCACAUCCUGCUUUUUUCUACAUCUAACUAUAAAGGCAAGCAAAUGUAUUUGUAUAGCAGAUUUCAGCAACUAAACAAAUCAAAGUGUUUUAAUUAAAACAUAAGAAGUGGAAAAAAAAUAAAGUACAUUGCAGAAACACAAAAAAGAUAUAAAUAAAAGGGAUUAAUUCA